AUGAAGUUUAGUACAUCUUGCAUUGCCAUCCUGGCCACUUUGGCACAGGCUGCCGCGUAUAGUCCUGUUCGGAUAUCCUACGAGGCGUUGGAAAAUGGAACGGCCGAAGAUGUCUUGCGUCAGGCACUCACCGAGGUGGGCAUGAUUUCCAUUACUCACAUUCCUUCCUUUCAGAGUAACAAGAUGGAAACCUUGAAGCUAUUGCCAAAGUGCAUGGACGAGGCGUCCAACGAUGAUCAAAGUACUACUACUGCUUCUACUACUACUAUUGUGGAGCAUACCUUUGGAGAUGGCACUCGUCGCCGUACCAUGGCCACUCACAAUGUUGGGACAUCUGCCUCUUCGUCUCUUUUAGUACCACAAGCGGCCCAUGAUGAUAAUGAUGAUGAUCAUUCUUCUUCUUCUUCUUCCAAGAAUCAUUAUUAUUAUUGCCAAGAGUUCCAAGCAGUCAGUCAAUCCUUUCGCGAGACAGUGGGUCAUGUCAUGGAUACCUUUGCCAAUGAACUUGCCAUUGCUCUCGAUUUGGAUGCUUCCAAGACUUUGCUAAGAGAGGAUGAUGAUAAUAAGAAUAAUAAUAAUGAUGAUGGCCAAGGUGGUCAAGUCUACAACCUUCGCAACAUUUUUGGUCAGGGCGAACAAUUGGAACAUUUUCAUUGUUACUACAAGGAUAAUGAGAAGAAGAAUGAUACUCAAGAAGAAGAAGAAACCAUUGAGUGGCAUACCGAUCAAGGUCUUGUCCUUGCCUUUACUCCUGGUCUAAUCGACGGGGAACCUACCGAGGGCUUUCAUGUCCAGCUCAAGGAUGGUUCUACCGAAAUGGUGGACUUUGACCACACGGACGAUUUGGUCUUUUUGAUGGGAGAUGGUGUCAAUCAAUACGUCAAUGGUGCCUUAUUGGAGGAGGAGGAAAACAACAAGCCCCUGCUGCGGGCUCUUCCACAUGCCUUGCAAAUGCCUUCUACCACCACCGAGGAUUUACCGCGUGUUUGGUACGGACGCAUGGUCUUGCCACCGCCCAAUGCCAAACAUCCAACCCAUCCAAGCAUGACCUUUGGAGAGAUUCGCCAGGACAUGAUUGCGGAGGAUACUUCUUCGAUUGGUUGCUCUCACAAUCUAGUGGCUCGAGAACUACAGGAUACUACUUGUGAGGAAGGUCUUGCCGCCUAUUGCUGGCACCGAUGCAUGAAUUUGACAGAUUAUGGUGUGAGUGACCAGAUCUGUGAGGAGCAAAACAAGACUCUGGCCUGUAUGAAUGACGAAGGGUACUUGUGGCCGUACACGCACGAUAUGCAAUUCAAAUUGGGAUGUGCCAGUCCUGAUGCUGUCAACUGGACCACUGUGACGGAUGACAGUGACAGUGACAACACCACGGAUCAUGGUGGAGACGAAAACAAGAACCAUACUGGAAAUUCCACCACCGUUGACGUUGCUGAUUCUUCCACCAGCACUCUUCUCCUCGGAACCUCCCUUUUGCUGGGUACUGUCAUGUCGGCUAUCUUUUCUUUUUCUUAG